CGACAUACCUGUACCUGUCCACACACAGUGCAACGCUCACCUGCAAAUAUCCGGAAGUGAGGAGAGGAGAUACGUGUUUGAUAUUUGCUUAUGGAAAUCGACGGUUAAAGUAAAUAUAACGUUGAUGAAACGGACACAGCUGCAUGAAGGACGCUGGAUGAAGUUUUCUCCUCUGGAGCUACCACCGACAUGUUCUUCAAGAAACACGAGGAAGACAUUGAGCUGUGGGACAGACAGAAAGACAACACUGAGCCUUUACUUCCUUCAACGCCCCCCCACAGGACAUUUGAUUAUGUCCUCGUGGCUCACAAGGUGGAUGAUGACAACAACCAGAAGGCUCAGAGACAGCAAGCCUUCAUCCAGCAGCUUGAGAAGAAAAACAUCACUGUCACUAGGAUUGUCCAUGAUGACAAAGUGUUCUUCGGCUUGCGUGCUCCCAGUAAGAUGUUCGAAGACUACCAGUACCUCCUCAAGGUCUCUGACUCUUGCAACUGGUGUGGAGAUGUGAGAGGAGCAGUCACCCAGGCAACCAGGAUCCGGGUCGUCCAUUUCAUCCUUCAUCAGACCUUCAUCAACACUGGAGAGAACCUAGAGGAACUGCUGAUGAAAGAUGUUUUUGAAACCAUUUUCUGCCUCCAUGAGAGGAAGCAGCAGAAAGAGCUGAAGAAGAAAUGGGCUCGAUGGUCGGCUCUGUUUACAGGACAACCAUUCAAUGAUGUCAAAUGUUACUUUGGAGAGAAGGUGGCUCUUUACUACCUGUGGCUGAGCUGGUACACCAAGCUGUUGGUUCCAGCUGCUGGUCUGGGUGUUGUAGUGUUCCUGUAUGGACUGGCCUUUUUUAACACCAACCCUCUCAUUAAGGAAGUGUGUAACUCCAGCAUCAUCAUGUGUCCUCGCUGUGAUAACAGGUGUCCAGUGUGGCAGCUGUCAGACAGCUGCUUCUACGCUAAGCUCAGCCAUCUGUUUGACAAUGAAGGCACUGUGGCCUUUGCAAUGUUCAUGGCAAUCUGGGCUACUCUGUUCCUGGAGCUGUGGAAGAGACAUAGAGCCAGACAUGUUUCGCAGUGGAAGGUCUAUGACUGGUGUGAAGAAGAGGAAGAACUGAUUCUGAAAAUAGUCAACGAUCCAAACUGUACAACCAAACAUUUCAUACACUCCUACGUGCGCAGCACUGUGGUCCUCAUCCUGGUUACACUCAUGCUGAUGCUGAUCAUCGGCCUCACUCAGGCUCUGGUGGUGUUUCGAGUUGUGGCCGGCCCCUUGAUCUCUGAGGGCAGCUGGGCCUUCAUUCGAGACCACGCCAACACUGUGGCUAUGAUGCUGGGAGCUGUGCUGCACUAUGUCACCAUUCAAAUCAUGACCCGGGUAAACCGAUGGGUUUCCCUCAAGCUGUGUGACAUAGAGAAGAUAAACUCAUUUGCUGCCACGGAGAGGAGCUUCACAGUCAAGAUGUUCACCUUUCAGUUCUUCACUCUCUUCUCUUCACUCUUCUAUGUGGCCUUCUUCCUGGGCAGGAUAAAUGGCCAUCCAGGAAACUAUGUGCGUAUCGCUCGGUGGAGACUGGAGGAGUGCCAUCCUAGUGGCUGUUUGACAGACCUUUUCAUCCAGAUGGCUGUGAUCAUGCUGCUCAAACAGACUCUCAACAACAUCUUUGAGUUCACAGUGCCCUGGUUAAAGAGGUGUUUGAGGAGAAACGCUGCAAAGAAACUGGAGAGGAAGUGUGGCUACUGCUACAGGAAGGCCUGCCAUGAUGAACAGGGACGUAUUGAACCAUGUGACAUCUGUAAACUUCGGGACUGGCUUCGUAACUACCACCUGGCCGACACAGAUGCCUUUAGCCUGUUCAAUGAGUUCCUGGAGAUGGUGGUCCAGUUCAGUUUCACCACUAUAUUUGUGGCUGCGUUCCCCCUCGCUCCCCUGUUGGCGCUCAUCAACAACAUCUUUGAGAUCCGCUUAGACGCCAUCAAGAUGGUCGGCCUGGAACGCCGGCUGGUUCCCAGGAAGACCAAUGACAUUGGUGUGUGGACGAAGGUGUUGGAGGCCAUCGGUGUGUUGGCGGUCAUCGCCAACGGCCUGGUCAUUGGAGUGUCAUCGGACUUUAUCCCACGCCUCGUCUAUCGUUAUCGCUACGGCCCAUGUGCUACUGGAAGCACUCACACACACUGCAUGCAGGGCUACAUCAAUGACACUCUGUCCACGGCUUUGAUUAGUCACUCAGCAGUUCAGAAGGAUUUUAGUAUUAUUCAGAUGAAGACAGAGGAUGGAUUCAACGUUACACAGUGCAGCUAUAGAGACUACAGGAGUGAUGAGGACUACACACUGACCUCUCAGUUCUGGUUGGUCCUGGCUGUGCGUUUCGCCUUUGUCAUCCUGUUUGAGCAUGUUGUAGUGGUGUGUAAGUUUAUAGCCGCCUGGUUCGUCCCCAACAAUCCCAUGCAGGUGAAGAAUCAUCGUCUGACUGACAAACUGGCUCGGCUGAAGGAAGAACUCCGAGAAACUAAACGCAGCAGAUCGACAGACGUCUGAACCUUCCACUGAAAACUUCAGAUCUGCUCCUGCUGGUUAAAGUGUGAAGUAAAAGGAGGAAUUCUUGUUUUUAUAAUUUAUAUUUGUUGUUGGACUAUGAGGCUGGACUCCAUUGUAAUGUUGUGUAAAGAUUUUUGUGUGAUGAUAUUAUUGAAUAAUGUGACCACACAACAACCACCUUCUACCACAUAUUACAUAACAGUUGACAGUCAUAUAAUUUUUUUAUACUAAAAUGUAAGAAAUAAUUUAUUUUCAUCAUUUGAUGUUGUUAAUAAAUUGUCGACUGAG